AUGUCCUAUUCUAGACAGGUUCAACUGUCGAAAGUAGCUCAUACAGUGUCAAAAAACAGCUUACGGAAGCGACAAAUCGGAAGUAUACGGAAGCAACAAAUCACUAAAUGGAAUUUUACGAUUCUUUUACCAAUUUAUAAGGUGUACAACUGUCGGAUCCUACUGGUUAAAGAAUUUUCGCUCACCACUUGUUCUCUUGCAUCCGUUAGCACACCCCAAUCACCUCAUUUACCUUCAGUAGGUAACGAACACGUAGAUAUUUAA